UAAAAAAUAAAAAAAGAAAAGAAAAACUCUAGCAGAAAAGAAAUAUCAUUCGCUCUUACUACACUAUUUGGACAAGUGUGUUUCCCAUAGGUGGAGCUGUCAGAAGGGGAAGAGCCAAAACUUCCGCCUCUUCAGUCAAUCCGAACGAAUCAGUGGAUUAGUCAGGAAGAUGCUGAUGGCUUUGGGCCACGCUCUAAUUGUUGACUGCUCGGGCGAGCAUUUGAAAGGAGCAGCAGUGGCUUCCGUCGUGGACCAAAGCUGCUUCGCAUGAUUGCCGACUACGUGUUCGACAUAAUGCCGUUUCUCCACGUCAAGAUGUCGGCAGUUGACACCCACGGAAAAUGUUGAAGUGAAAAUCAAUCUAUGGAGAAUCAGUUGAAGUCAGAAACUACCAGCUCAUACGGUUACUCAUGUGUUCGACCAACUGCCCCACUGAAAACUAUGGAGAUGACCGCAGUAUCUACAUGGAAUUAGCAAGAAACAUCAAGCCCACAAAAGAAUAGUAAUGAAAGAGGAUCCGCUCUGAGUUAAUAUAACCCACGAAUUGCGCAUUGAGUGAGUCCCACGUACAAGUAACAGUGACGCACUACGCAAGGAGGGAUGCUGCACGCAACCUGUUUCGCUCCCUCACUCAGUAGAGCGACUUCUCCAUUCUUAUCGUUAAUGUUCAAGUUUCCAUUGCAGUUAUUUCCCCGCAAUAGCCGUCGCCUGUUUCUCCGCCAUAGUUAUCGAUCUUCGGUUGCUUCUUCAGCCACGUGGGUCCAUCGCUUUCCCAUGGACGGACGUGCCCAUCUGUGUACCGCAGCUAUAGCUGCUAAGAAAUUUGCCGUACCCGCGUCCGAUCAAAUUUCCAACAAGGCAAAGAAGAAAGCAAGGCGAGAAUCUCCUGAGGGAGUGCUGAGGUACAAACUGGAUAUGUGCUCGAAGCACGGAGACCUCGUUGAGGCCCUUCACCUAUACGAUGAGGCACGGAGGGAGGGAGUACAACUUAGCCAGUACCAUUACAAUGUAAUACUCUACUUGUGCUCUUCGGGUGGUUCUUCCGUUGAAGUAAGUGGAGAUUGGGAUGGUGAAAAGGACUCGGUUUUGGGGCUUAAGAGGGGCUUUGACAUUUUCGGACAGAUGGUUGCGGAUAAAGUUGCUCCUAAUGAGGCUACAUUUACGAGUAUAGCGAGGCUGGCUGUUGCAAUGGACGAUCCAGAUAAAGCAUUUGAUUUAGUGAAGCAGAUGACAAGUUUCGGUAUCCCACCAAAACUGAGGUCAUAUGGACCAGCCCUCUUUGGUUUCUGUAAGAAGGGGAAGGUUGAUAAUGCUUAUGAAGUUGAUGCUCACAUGGUUGAAGCUGGAGUAAUGGCAGAAGAACCAGAACUUUCUGCUCUUCUGAAAGUUAGUGCUGACGGAAAGAAGGCAGACAAAGUGUAUGAGAUGUUGCAACGGCUGCGAGCCACUGUAAGGCAGGUCUCUGAAUCAACUGCUGAGAUUGUUGAAGAUUGGUUUAAAUCUGAUGAUGCUGCAACAGUUGGUGUGGAUAAUUGGGAUGAAAACUUGGUAAAGGAGGGAAUUGUAAAGGGAGGAGGAGGGUGGCACGGGCAGGGGUGGCUAGGGACUGGCAAAUGGAACGUUGUCAGAACUCAGAUGAAUGAGAAGGGUGUAUGCCGUUCUUGUGGUGAAAAGCUUGGUUGUAUUGAUAUCAACCCAACAGAGACCGAAAAUUUUGCUACCUCAUUAACAAAUUUGGCUUGCCAAAGAGAGGUCAGGGCUGACUUUACUUGCUUCCAGGAGUGGCUGGAAACACAUGGUCCAUUUGAUGCUGUUAUAGAUGGUGCUAAUGUUGGCCUUAUUAAUCAACAUACUCUCAGCUUUAACCAGCUUAAUAACGUGGUCAAUCAAUUACGUGAAAUGAGCCCAUCAAAGAGAUUGCCACUUGUUAUUUUGCAUAAAAGUCGUGCAACUGGAGGUCCUGCUCAGAAGCCUAAAAACAAGUACUUGUUAGAAAGCUGGAAAAAGUCUGGUGCACUAUAUGCUACUCCUCCUGGUUCAAAUGAUGAUUGGUAUUGGCUAUACGCCUCUGUUAGUUGCAAGUGUUUAUUGGUUACAAAUGAUGAAAUGAGGGACCACUUGUUCCAGUUGCUAGGGACUAGUUUUUUCCCAAGAUGGAAGGAAAAACAUCAGAUUCGACUGUCGGUCUCAAGGAAUGGACUUAAACUCCACAUGCCUCCCCCUUAUUCAAUUGUUAUUCAGGAAUCAGAAAAUGGUAGUUGGCAUGUGCCAACCACCACCAGGGAUGAUCUUCAGACAUCCAGGCAAUGGUUAUGUGCCACCAGAACCAGGUUGAGAUAAUUGGUUUUUGGCUAAUCUGGCAGAGGAAUGGGAAGAGAGAGCCUGGCCAUGAGAGGCAGGAGUAAAGAAAGGUGAUAUCUUUAUACUAUUUGCUGUGUAUGCUUUAUACUCAUUGGCAAUUUAAGGUCCUGAAAUAACUUUUGGUGUAACUUCUGUGUUACUUGCAUUUGUUUAAUUUAUAAAAGGGUCAAUUAAUUUAAUUAUACUUUGUAUUAUGUUUAGAACAAAUUUAAAAAUCUCGUGAAAUUUGUGUGUAUCUCAUCUAGAAUAUAAUGUAAAAUUGGAGAAUGUAAUUUAAAUUCU